AUGAACCCUUAUGAGAUAAACGUAAUGGGAACGGAGCAAACCCCUAUUUUGAUCAAAUUCUUGAGCAGCAAGGAAAGCGGCGACCCUAAACCUAGAACGAAACAGAACUUCAACAACUCAUCUCUAUCAUGUGCUUGCUUCACAAGUAACGGUAACAUAAAGUUUAGAGAGCAAGUUUCGGCCUACGUUUGCUUGGGAACAAGACAAGGCCACUACGCGCUCGUGACUAGAGCUCACGAAAGUGGUGGUGGUGCCGUGGUAACGCCACCGUCGUCUCCUUCCGUGGAUGAAGGUGGCGGAGGGAGAUUGAGCCGGUGGAAAGUGGCGGUGGGGAGUGUGAUUGGGUCAUUAAUUGGAGCGUUUCUGUUAGGGUUAUUGGUGGUGGCGAUGGUAGUGAGAGGGAAGAAGAAAGCGAUGAGAGAGGAGAUGGAGAGGAAAGAAGCACUUCAGGUUUCAAUGGUGGGUCAUGUUAGAGCUAAUCCUAAUGCUUCGAGAACAAGAACGGUUCCAAGAUUUGAUAAUACUAGGUCUACUAACAAGUAACAACAAACUUAAUUAGGUAGAUCGUCCUUCUUGAUAUGAUGUUUUCCAAUUGUAGUGUUAA